CCACCCCCUUUAGGGUUUUAGCGUUGCGUCAGAGAGCAGGGGCAGAGAGCGGCGGAGGGAGCUGGAGGGCGCGAAGAAUGAAGACUAUUCUUUCAUCUGAAACCAUGGAUAUCCCCGAUGGGGUAACCAUUAAGAUACACGCGAAGGUUAUCGAGGUAGAGGGGCCUCGUGGCAAGCUUGUUCGUGAUUUCAAGCACCUGAAUCUGGAUUUUCAGCUCAUCACCGACGAUAAUGGCCAGAAGAAGCUUAAGGUCGAUUCUUGGUUCGGAUCCAGAAAAACCUCCGCCGCCAUCCGAACUGCUCUCAGUCACGUUGAAAAUCUCAUAACCGGCGUGACCAAAGGCUACCGGUAUAAGAUGCGUUUCGUUUACGCCCACUUUCCGAUUAAUGCUUCGAUCACCAAUGGCAACAGGUCCAUUGAGAUCCGUAACUUCCUUGGGGAGAAAAAGGUGAGGAAAGUUGAGAUGCUUGAUGGUGUCUCCAUUGAACGAUCUGAGAAGGUGAAGGAUGAGCUCAUGUUAAGUGGAAAUGACAUUGAGCUCGUCUCUCGCUCGGCGGCCCUCAUAAAUCAGGUCUGUCACGUGAAGAACAAAGACAUUAGGAAGUUCCUAGACGGUAUCUACGUCAGUGAGAAAAGUACCGUUUUGGAAGAGUGAUUUCUGAACCUUCUCUUUGUUUUUGAUGAUUUUGAUUAGUUUUUGAGGUCGUUUUUGGAGGAUUUUUGUUCCUUUUAGCUUCAUUAUUUAUGGGCGCAACCCACACUAGCUUUAUCUUCAUGCAUUUUAAAUCCCAGUUCUCCUAUAUUAAAUUUUCUAUUUGUUAAUUCUAGUGCAGAAGCAAAGCGAUUGUUGUGUUGGAUUGAAAUUGAUCCGCGUGCAUGUAGAAAUAUUGGGUGGAUUUGAAUUCAAACAUGAAAAUAAAUUUUAUUCUAAUA